AUGAGCGAACCGGACGCGAAAAGCGCAAAACACGGAGAUCCAGGCUGUACGUGUACGACAUGCCAUAUUACGAAGAGGCGAUCACAUAAGAAGUCCCGGAAUGGAUGUAAAACCUGUAAGCGAAGAAGAAUAAAGUGUGAUGAGGCCAAACCCCAAUGUGGGCAAUGUUUGAAAGCUGCCAUAGCCUGCGACUUUACUGCUUCAUCCUCAAUCACAGACAUCGUCCCAACUCAUGAUGAAAUUGUCGAGAACGCUUCUCAGGCAACCUCGCGGAGAAGGGGCAGGCCACGGAAAAUUUGGGACACAGCACCCAUAGGGCCGAGCCCCCAAGAACUCUUCGGAUCACCCGAUAGCUUGAGAUCCAGAUCAACCGACACAGCUCUCGUAGUCACCCGAAACGGGGACCAGCAGGCACAAAUGGCCCCGGAAUUACCUUGGAUAUGGACUAUAGAUGAUCUCGAGUUGCAACACCAUUUCAUGACAUCUGACGAUCUUACGUAUUCGAAUUCGCGACUCUGGCGUGAGAAGGUCCCCCGUCUUGCCUUCAGCCAGCAUCACGUUCUACAUCUUCUGCUUGCAGUCUCUGCGCUACACUUGUCCAGAGAGAACCAGGAUUCUGCCGUUUCAGCUCGAUACGAGCAACUCGCGGAUGUUCACUACCACAUAGGGCUUCGCCAAGUGAUGGCAAUCAUGCCCACAUCAAAUAGAGACUACGCUGGAGCACUUUACAUAUCCACUACGCUUGUUUGUGCAUAUGCAUUCGCAAAGAAGCCCAGCCCAGAACACCUCUUGAUAGUUUCAGACGGAGAAGAAGUGGCAUGGUUCGAAUUGCUCAGAGGCGUUCGGAUCGUCGUUACAACGAUGGGAUGGGAUGCCAUUUACUCCGGGGUCUUAGGUCCUUUCCCGGCCGACGAGGACGAGAAGUCACUCCCAGAGCCGGGUCCGACAACACGACCAGUCCAAUGGGAGCCUGCGUUAAGCAGUCUUGCGGACUUGAUAUCCAACUCUGGCGACCCAGAAGCCUCCGUCUAUCUAGAAAUGGUUCAACGUAUUUCGUCUUGUUUUGAGAUCACAUUCGGCACGAUGAAGAAGCCAAAACUUGAUUGCAACGGCAAGAUGGAGGUCAUUAUCGGUUGCAUUUAUGGGAUCGAGGAUGAUUUCGUACUUUGUGUGAAACACAAGAGGCCAUUUGCACUUCUCAUCCUGGCACACUUUGUUGUGCUGCUCAAAUCACUCGAAUGGAUGUGGUACAUAAAGGGAUGGGCAAGUCACAUUCUUCACGGCAUCGCACUGAUUUUGGGGCCUCAAUAUAGACAAUAUCUACGAUGGCCAAGAGAGGAGAUUGAAAGACUUGGCAACGAUCGGGACCGUCUCAAUCAGGGACAGUCAGUGUAA